CACAACUUGGGUAAGCCUCAAGGUGCGUGGUGCUCGUGCUCGGCAAUGCGAACGUACAAGAGAGGCGAUAUCAUCCUCACGUCGAAGCCGUUCGCUUGCGUCGUCGAUCCGCAGAGUUCGGCUGGUAAAGUUUGCGACUUCUGCUUCAAAAGAACAGACUGCCUAAAGCCAUGUGCCCGAUGCAGGGUGGCGUACUACUGCAACAAAUUGUGCGAGACGUCAGCUCUGUCGGACCACUUACAAGAAUGUCGCUACCUGCAAAAGGCUUACCCUCACAUUCCUACGACGACCGUCAGGCUCAUGGCAAGAGUGCUGCUCAAGUUGAAGCGCAUGCACAAGAAGGACUGCAAAGAGUUGCUUCCUGGCGGACGCACACGAUCGUUCCAAGACCUCCUAUCACAUUCGAACGACAUAAUGAACGAUGCAGCCGUUCUCCCACGUUUCCGGGCUAUAUGGGCCACCUUACAGGACUUCCUCGGGGAUGAGAACCUUCCACCCAUUGACGAAGGACUCGAAAUCUACGGAAAGCUCAUAAUAAAUACUUUCUGCAUCAGUGACAAUGACCUGAAACCUGUUGGACAAGGCCUGUAUUUAGCGGCAUCCAUCUUCGACCAUUCCUGCGAACCAAAUGCCGCGUUUACGUUCGAAGGCACCCAGAUAACUGUACGCGCCACGAGGAACAUGAGAGUAGAAGACAUGAGAGAGAUUUACAUUUGUUACGUCGACAAGGCCCAACUGGCUCAAGAUCGGAUCGCUUCUCUCCAGGAGCAGUAUUAUUUCACAUGCUGCUGUCGCCUUUGUUGGCAAGCCACUCACGUAAAUAAUGUGGAGAUACUGGAAGAGAAGUCCCACGGUCUCAGCGAGAGCAUUCGGAGUUUACAGAGGCAGCUGGAACAUGCCGAUAGUCCAGACGAUACCAGUAGGAUCCUCGAAAAGAGUGGCGACAUCUUGCGCCAGGUGGGCGAACUGCCCGCCAACGAUGUCUCCAAAGUGGAAGCCCUCGAACUGGCCUUCGAAGCAGCAACGAAAUUUGGUCUCUACAACCGGGCUGUUGUCUACGCACUCCAAGGAAUUGAAAUCAUAAGGGCCUGUUACGGAGAGUUCAGCACCAAAUAUGCCAUACGUUUAGCGAACCUAGGCAAGAUGUUUUAUUACCUGCACGACCAACGCAAUGCAGAUGCGUUUUUACAAGAGGCAUCCCACGUCGUGGCAAUCACUCACGGAAAAAACCACAGCGUGUACAGGGACGUCCUCAGGUAUCGCCAGCUCUGUAGGAGAUCCAAGGCACAGAGGACCCGCUGAUGCCUACCUAUACAUUUAUUCUGUACAAUAAAUCAAGCACGUAGCACCAUC